AUGUCUGAUUCCCCGAUCACAAACGCUCCUGUCGGGGCCCAAGAAAAGCCCAUCUUGGACCAGCUCGUCCUGGCCAGAGACCAACUUCUCCUCCUGAAACAAGACAAAAGCACCUAUGUCAAGUCGUCUGACGUCCUUCCUCUUUACGAAAAAGUCAUCGACCAGGUGUCGAUCCUCAACGAUGUCCGAGGCCCAGAGCAUUUGGUGCAGAAUAGAGUCGAUACCGUCCUAGACGACUGUCUACAACUCAUCUCCCUCUUCUUCAUGGCUGUCGGGCGAAACCACGAAGCUCCAGCACUGUACGCGAUGACCGGCAAUAUCAUGCGCCUGUGCCACCAUCUCAAGGAGGCCGCAUUCUUCAGCAAAAAGGACCUUCACAAACUUCGCAGGCAAUUACUUGAAGUUCAGUCAACGAUGAAAGACGGAAAACUUCCAGACGAGACGGGUGCCACAUCUUCCGGCCAAGAUCUUGUGGUCCCGUUGCUGAACAGAUGUCUCAAGUUCACAGAAAUUGUUGAGCAAAACAAGGGGAAAAUAGACGAGAGGUUCAAGGAUACUUACGACAAACUUAUUGAGAUUCGGAAUCAACUUGAACGAUUGACCAUGACUCAAGCCUGGUCUCUCCGCGAGACAGAUCUCUUUAUGUGGCAGAGAAAGCUGGAUCGCAUUGACGAUUCUCGACGAGAUGGCAACUUCUUCGAUGCGGAAGGCCAUCCUGCGGACUUGCAUGCCCAACGAACUUUGUUAUACCUGAUAAGACGGGGCUAUGCCUACAUAUAUCAGCUUCUUAUUGCGUCAGAACCGGUUUCGGAGGCUCUGCUGCCAAUCUACAACCAGCUCUUAACGUUGCGACGAUGUUUGGUUGAGGUGAAGAAAUCUGGAGGGGUGUCAAACCCCAGGGAACUUUACCCUUACAGCAUGAAAUUGAACUCGAUUGACAACAUGAGAGUGGACGGGAAGUUCCAAAUUGGCAAGGAUAUACCAGAAGGCCAGGGUAGCGUCAAUGAUCUUCUCGCAGAAUGUUAUGAGCUCGCCUAUGAAUUGAGGACAGCUGCGGAAGAGGAAAAUGUACCCUGUGCGCAUCAACAAGUACUCGCUCUUGAGGAGGUAAUCACGGCCAUUCUGAGUGGUGGCCAUCCAACCUCGGCCCACUAUUGCCGCCCCGAUGUCGCGACCCCAGUCAUGUCUGUCCUCUUGCAGAGAGCUCCACCUGCCCGGGUGAGAUGUCCUCUUGACCUGGGUUCGUGCUCUUUGAGCCAAAGGGCUGCUCGCCGAGCAUAUGCAGUGCAUGCUCAACCUGGGGCCUCUCCUCGACGAAAAGCGGCAGUUCCUCCCUACCAGAAGAUCCUGACAAAGUUCGAGGAUGUUCGCGCCAUUUUAGGCUCUGAAAAGCUCACUCUCGCCGAGAAAAUCCUUUAUGCGCACUUAGACAAUCCUGAAGAGUCGCUCCUGACCAACACCAAUAAUGGCAAGAACAUACGCGGCAAUGCAAACCUCAAGCUUAAACCCGACCGUGUCGCCAUGCAAGAUGCAUCUGCGCAGAUGGCCAUCCUCCAGUUCAUGACAUGCAACCUACCCUCUACUGCUGUCCCGGCCAGUAUACACUGUGACCAUAUGAUUGUGGGCGAAAAAGGUGCAGACACGGACUUGCCGAAUUCCAUAGCUGGCAACAAGGAAGUCUUCGACUUUCUGGAGUCUGCAGCGAAGAAAUACGGAAUCGAAUUUUGGCCCCCCGGUGCAGGCAUUAUACACCAGACAGUCUUGGAACAGUAUGCCGCGCCUGGUCUGAUGAUGCUAGGCACCGACAGCCACACACCGAAUGCCGGCGGCCUGGGUGCAAUUGCCAUAGGUGUCGGUGGUGCCGAUGCGGUCGAUGCCUUGGUAGACGCUCCGUGGGAACUCAAAGCUCCCAAGGUCUUGGGCGUGCGGCUGGAGGGCAAACUCAGUGGUUGGGCGUCACCCAAGGAUGUGAUUCUGCAUCUGGCUGGUCGUCUGACUGUUCGUGGUGGUACUGGAUCCGUCAUCGAGUAUCAUGGUCCCGGAGUCGACUCCCUCAGCUGUACCGGCAUGGCCACAAUAUGCAAUAUGGGCGCUGAAGUAGGAGCCACGACAUCAAUUUUCCCCUUCUCCGAGAACCAUAUCCCUUAUUUGCAAGCUACUGGCCGGGACGCCAUCAUUGACGCCAUCAAGGGUAUUGCCUAUGGCUCGGACAAGCACAACUUCGUGCGAGCUGAUGCCGGUGCCGAGUACGACGACGUUAUCAACAUCAAUCUCUCCAGUCUGGAACCUCAUAUCAACGGACCUUUCACACCCGACCUUUCUACACCUCUGUCCAAGUUCAAGGAGGCAGUCAAGACGAACAAGUGGCCGGACACAUUUUCAGCAGGUCUGAUCGGUAGCUGCACAAACAGUUCUUACGAGGAUAUGACUCGCGCUGAAGACCUGGUCAAGCAAGCCCAGGCGGCUGGAUUGAAGCCUAGGUCUGACUUCUUCAUCACGCCAGGCAGCGAACAAGUCCGCGCGACUCUGGAGGAUAACAAAACGCUUGAUACAUUCACCAGUGCUGGUGGUAUUGUUCUUGCCAAUGCUUGUGGGCCUUGCAUUGGGCAAUGGAAGCGAACGGACGGCAUCAAGAAAGGUGAAGACAAUGCUAUUCUGUGUUCCUACAACCGCAACUUUCCCGGGCGAAAUGAUGGCAACCCUCGGACAAUGAGUUUCCUUGCGUCGCCGGAACUCGUGACUGCCAUGGCGUACUCUGGCUCAACCAGCUUCAACCCCCUCACUGAUGAGAUCCCGAUACCUGAUGGCGGCAAGUUCAAGUUUGAACCUCCAAAGGGUGCUCAGCUACCUGGAUCUGGAUUUGCUAUCGGUAACCCUGCAUUUCUACCUUCUUCUGCAGAAGCCGAUCCGAAUGUGCAAGUUGUGGUCGACCCAGAGUCGGACCGCUUAGCUCUUUUGGAACCGUUCGAGCAGUUCCCCGAGGGUGAACUACAUGGUCUGAAGGUGCUAUACAAGGUCAAAGGUCAAUGUACUACGGACACAAUCUCAGCUGCCGGUCCAUGGCUCAAGUACAAGGGUCAUCUGCCAAACAUUGCUGAAAACACGUUGAUUGGAGCCAUCAAUGCGGCAACUGGUGAAACUAACGUUGCAUACGAUGAAGACGGGUCCAAGACGUCCAUUCCAGAGCUAGCGAAAAAAUGGAAAGAACAAGGCCAGCACUGGCUUGUUGUUGCCGAAGACAACUACGGCGAAGGUUCAGCACGAGAACAUGCUGCGUUGCAACCAAGAUAUCUAGGAGGUCAAGUCAUCCUGGCGAAGAGCUUUGCACGUAUCCACGAAACCAACCUGAAAAAGCAAGGAGUGGUUCCGUUGACCUUCCUCAACAAAGAAGACUAUGAUAGGAUCGAUGCUUGCGAUAGCAUGGACACCGAAGGUCUUUGGGAUGUGCUGAAGAAUCAUGGCCAAGGCGAGAUCAAUGUCAAGGUCACCAAGCCAAAUGGAGAAAGCUUCGUGGUUCCAGUCAAGCAUACCCUGAGCAAGGAUCAGUGCGGCUUCAUCUUGGCCGGAAGUGCACUGAAUCUUCUAGCGAAGCGCCAGAAGCCGGAGUGA